GUGUCUGUAAAAAAAAACCCCAUGAUCAUGGUGGUUUGGCUACGACGAAUGAAUGAAUUAUCAGUCACGUUUGAGCGGCAGAUCAACGGGUAUAAAAGUAAUCUACUCUACGUACGGUAGUACGGUACGUGUAACGUUACCUCGAGCGAAGUUCGUGCAGGCUCCACUCUAGACCAAAAGCUUCGGUCCUGUUAUGUUGGUUGUUCAGCUGAACUCCGUUGGCUUCACUCACCAAAUACAGAGACCGAAGUUCUAGCGCGAUCUGUACAGGGGACUCAAUGGCCAUAUGUUUAUGUACUUAAGAUCGGAUAAAACGGGGAAGUGAAUUUGCGCGACAGCCGAGGUUUGAUGGAAAAGGAAGACCUUGCCACAAGGAUUGAUAAAGUGUCUACCCAGAUCUGUGAGUUGAAAGCAGAGAUAAGUGUUGCCCUGAGGCAGCGCUAUGUGGACUUUAUCCCAUCACAGGAUAAGAUUGAAAAGAUGCACUCUAGAGUACGCUCCUUGGAUACUGAGAUGCAUGACCUUGGGUAUAAGAUACAGGGAGAUAUUCGAGUGAAACUCAAAACAUCUACAAGUGACGUUGUGGAGUUAAGCAAGCAACUUGAUCAGUCUAAUGCAACCAUUGCUAUCCUUACAACACUUUGCAAGGCUCAUCAGGAUCUGAAGGAGUUCAACACAGGUAUUCUUUAUGAGGAAUAUGUGCAGGCUGCUAACAUCUUGGAUUCACUAGAUUGUCAACUCAACCUUUUGUACAGAUCAGGAUACCAUGAGAUGAAGAUAGUUCAUGCUUUGAAAAGCGAGGAAACUGUUGUUAGGGAAACAUUGUUCUUCCAUCUUGGAGAAUCUUGGUCAAAGACUGUCUUGUUUCAACCUGUUGAGGGCGGUAAAGGAAAAGGAGCCAAGUCAAUUAUCAGUCCUCGGCUUGUUGUGGUUCAAAAUGAGAAGUUUCAGUGUACACUUCAAGCAAUGGAAACCACAGGCUGUCUUAAUAAUAAACUUGAGAGUUUUAGUAAGAAGUUACUUGAGCAUGUUCUUCAUCCAAUCAUAAAAAGAACAGAUAUCCAUCUCAGCAUAGAAUCAAAUCAACAGAAAGUGACUAUAUCCAUAGUGAAGCCCAAAGCUGAGCAAUCUUCAUCCAUCCCAUCUCCAACAAGUGUCUUUGAUGAUAUCAUCAAGGUCUUUGAAGCCCUUGGUGCACCACUUUUAAGCCAUGUAGUGAAGAAACGAGGUCAUGGUCAGGAGGCGAGUAUCAUGAGUAUUCUAGGUUCUUUAAUCUGGUCAAGCAUGUCUAAAGUCCUCAUCAAGGAUUGCCUCACUCCUUCUAUACCAGCUACCAGUACAGAGCUGCAUGAAUACAAGUUGAUAUUUGAUGCUACAAGGAAGUUUGAGGAGUCCUUACAAGGCUUAGGCUUUAUUGCACCUGAUUCACACCCUCUUACAGACUACGGUAAAAAUGUCAAUAUCCAUUUUGCUAAUAAAAGGUGUCAGGCAUUGCUGGUUGAAGCUCGAAGAUUGAUGCAGCAAGAUCUUCAUAAUACUGUACAAGUUGGAGGGAAUGAAAUAAGAACAGAUGAAGAGGGGUCUGGCGAGGAGAACAAUCCACUAGGACCAGGGUUGUCGGCCUUCCCACAAUGCCUUAUCAGUGAAAGUGUGCAGAAACUUCUAGACAUGUGCCAGCAGACCUUGUGUGAGGCUUCCAAUAGUCGGGAACAAUGCUUUCAAUUGUUUUUCACUGUGAGGAACAUGUUGCAGCUCUUCUGUGAGGUCGUACCUCAUUAUCAUAAAACAAGUCUAUCUCAGCUACCUCGAGCAUCAGCCCUCCAUCAUAAUAACUGUAUGUAUAUCAGUCAUCGUUUAUUGACGUUGGGUCAUCGUUACCAGCAUACCUUCCCGACCCCACUGUCCGACGGAGCUUCUAUAUUCGUUGAUCUUGUACCAGUCUUCAGGAAAGAGGCUGUCACACCGUUCCUUGCUCAAAUGAGAUCUCAACGAGACUUGCUUCUUGAAUCUGUGAGAAUAGCUGAAGGCUUCCAAAGGGUUGCAGAUGCAGAGAAUGUGAAAUCAGCUAAUCGUGCUAUCAAACAGGUGAUUCAUCGAUGGACCCACCUCAAGGCUGUCUGGGCUGAAGUACUUCCUGCAAAUGUUUACACCAAAUCCAUGGCAACACUGAUCAACACGGUUCUCAUGCAUAUUGUCGAGCAGAUCACACGACUUGAAGACAUCUCAGCUGAUGAUGCUUCUCAGCUCCAUCUCAUUUUCACUAAGAUCAAGGAGGAGACUCCAGAUAUUCUUCAACCACCAAACACUGAGGAACCAGUGAUAAUGGAGGUGAUGGUUAAAGAAUGGAGGCAAUUUCUAGAGCUCGGUUUCAUCCUUGAGGCUUCCAUGCAAGCCAUAGUAGAUAGAUGGGCAGACGGAAAGGGUCCUCUAGCUCUGGCAUUCUCUGCUUCUACAGUGAAGGGAUUGAUCCGAGCUCUUUUCCAGAAUACAGACAGAAGAGCCAAUGCCCUUAGUAAAAUCAAGCAAACAUCGUGAGAUUUACUCACAUUAUAGACCAUUAGUAUAUGUACAACGCAGGAAGGAAUUUUAAGCCAGGCCCUUGAUAUGAACAUCUUUUCAAAAUGCUGGGCUGGCAAUGCAAGAUAAAUCAAGCAAUCAUGAGAUCUACUAAUGACAUGGACUAUGAUUCAUGAACAAUUUGAAGCAGAUGACGUGACACCCUCGGCUUCAGAAAAAAGGACACGAGAGCUAAUUCAGAUGAUCCAUUAUUUGGGAUGUAAAUCAGAACCUUGCCAUGGCAAAGAAUGAUAGAGAAAGUCAUUGUUAUUGUUGCACCAAGGAAGCAGAUAUUGUAUGAUUAGAAUAUCAUGUCAUUGCAGAGAAAUGUUUAGCCAUGUUUGAUUUUUAUUUUCUCAAAGAUGAAUCAGUGUUGGUUGCUGCAUUUUAUAAAUUCAUGCUGAGAAGUCGAGCACUAUUUUGAAAAUGGGCUUUUGAUCUUAAUCUUUGAAGUCAAAGUAGGGUAAAGGUCAAAGGCUUGGUCCAGAGAGCUGUUGUAUUGGUUAAACUGAAACAAACAUAGCACUCUUCAAGAUAUGGGCUUUUAAUCACAAUGUUUGCAUCCAGAGAUGGAAGUUUAUCCAGUGGAAAACAUACAGUAAAUGUAUGAUAUUUAUGAGAUCAGGUCAAGUGUUUUGAUAUCAACAUUCGAAUCACCAUGGAAUUUGAGCUAUAAGUGAAACAAUAUUGAUUUCUUUAAAAGAAAAUCAUUUAUUUGCAUUUUUUUAUUUUCUCCAAGAAGUACUGCAUGCACUGUGCAUUUUCAUUUGUUUAGAAGUCAUAUAGAGCAUAUUGAAUUUGCAAUUAGAUCAAUUGGCACUAGGCCUUAUCAGCUCUUUACCCUUUCUUAAACGAAGAUACUUGCACAUUAUUCAAAUGAUUUUGAUUUUGCUACAAUAAAAUUGUUAUGAAAUGCUACCGUCUUCCAUCAUAUGUAACAUUUGUGAAAUAUAUGUGUUAAAAAUAACCAAAUUGUGUUGUUUGAGAUUCCUGCAUGUAGUUAUGGCUAUCUGUUCAUGCUAUUGCAAGUGAGAGAUUUUAAGCUCAUGUCUUGCUGAAUUCUCAAGAAAAAAAAGCAGCUAUGUUAUGAUUUGAUGAAACGAUCCAAUUUCACACCUUGAUAAGAUGAGAAGUGUGAGAGAGUCUUUGCCUUAAUAUUGCACAUCUUGUAAUCUAACUAUUGUUACUCAUCACCCUUAAUAUUACCUGUUGGGAUGGCUUGUUCGACCCCCCCCCCCCUUGAUCAACAAUUUUCAUAAUAAAGCUGAAAUACAAAAAGGUUGCGUCAUGGAGUUUCAAGAGUUUUUUCUUUCUUGCCCUUACCCUGGGCUAUGCAAUCUUGUAAUAGCCCAGCUUUAUAGGAUUAAUCCAUUGACUACUAAAUUUUCAUAUUAUAGUAGAGACAGGAUAUUUCACUUUUUUCAUCCCAUUAAUCAUCAUUAUGUAAUCGGAUAAGAGACUUUGUGGGAGACACAAAAAAAAAACUUUGAAGGAAAUCAUAUUUAAAAAAGGCCAAAGAAUUCUGGUAUUAUUCAUGCAGAUCCAAAAGACUAAGAUUGGAUAGCUGACAUUAGGGUUUUGAAAUGCCCAUUGGCAAAUAACCUCUAAUUGCUGAUGACUAGAUGACCCCUUCCCUAUGCGAAGCAACACACGCACACUGUUGCUGUACAGCAUUGAAAUAAUUAUUUACCUGAUGUCUUCCAUUAUGUUCAAUCCUCAGGUUUUGUUGCAAAACUAUUCUAGCUCUUGUUUGAAAAUCAUUGAAAAUCUUUGUUGUGAUUGCUUUGUUAUCAUAAAGUCAAUACUUUAUGAUAACAAGUUGGUAUCACUUUGACAAUCAUGGUAAAUAAAAUACAAACCAUGACACAGUAGGUAACAUCAAGUAAUUUUGUUUAAGUAGAAGAAAAUAAUUAUGUGCUAAUUUUUUCUUAAAGUGGAGUUUGGAUUUGCUGAUGGGCCUCAAUGUUAUCAAGUAUUUCAUAUAUUUUAUUGUGCUUAUUCUUACUGCCCCCAGGCUUCUGUUUCAGCUGGGGGAUUUUGAUUGGGCAAAUAUUGUUUGUUUUCUAUUUUUGUUGGUUUAUAGCCCUUUUAAACCUUACACAAUGUUAAUUUUUUUUUCAUCUUAUUUUUGCUUCGCUGUUCUAUAUGUAAAGAUUUUUUAUUAUAGAAAUAUAAAUUUGCUGCUUUGUAAAUCAUGA